ACAUAUAAAUGAGACAUCAGAUAAACAUGCUGAAUAUUGUACCAGGAAGUUAAAGAGCAGUAAAACAGCAGGCGUCCAGUCUCUGGUUCCUCAUUGCAGUGUGUGUUUUUCCUCUGUGUGUGUGCUCGCAUGGCUGAUUCCUCUCUCAAAUUAUUUGCUUUAAAUGCUUGAAGUUAACACAACUUUAUCUGACAUUUGACAGGAAACAUGGGUUGUAAAAAAUCCAAGUUGGAUGAUGACCAAAAUGGAGGUGUGCUUGAUAUGAACAAACAGCAGCCCGUACGUACUGACCAAACUCAUUAUGUGAGAGAUCCAACCUACCGUAAGCCUCCUAUAAAUAAUCCAAACACAGAGCUCCUACCUGGUCAGGUGUUUCAAAAAUUGGAAGAGUCAGCUAAAAUAGUCAUCGCCCUGUACCCCUAUGAAGCUAUACACCCUGAUGAUCUAGGUUUUAAAAAAGGAGAAAAAUUAAAGGUUCUAGAAGAGCAUGGCGAGUGGUGGAAGGCAAAAUCAUUGAGCACAAGAAAGGAAGGAUUUAUUCCAUCAAACUAUGUUGGACAAGCAGACACUAUGGAGACAGAAGAGUGGUUUUUCAAAGACAUCACUAGAAAGGAUGCAGAGAGACAGCUAUUAGCACCUGCUAACAAACCCGGAUCUUACCUCCUACGAGAGAGUGAAACAUCAAAAGGAAGUUAUUCGCUGUCGAUUAGAGACAAGGAUGCUCAGGGGUCAGACGUUGUUAAACAUUACAAGAUCAGAUCCCUGGAUAAUGGCGGCUACUACAUAUCUCCAAAAAUUACAUUCACUGACAUCAGCAGCAUGAUUAAACAUUACCACAAACAAGCAGAUGGACUGUGUCGAAAGUUAGAGAAAUGUUGCGAGAAGCCCAAAGCACAAAAACCGUGGGACAAAGAUGCCUGGGAAAUCUCCAAAGAAUCCAUUAAGAUGGUGAAGAAGCUUGGAGCAGGGCAGUUUGGCGAGGUCUGGAUGGCUUACUACAAUAACAGCACAAAAGUGGCGGUGAAAACACUGAAGCCGGGCACAAUGUCAGUGGAGGCUUUCCUAGAGGAGGCAAACCUUAUGAAAACCUUACAGCAUGAUAGACUGGUGCGCCUUUAUGCAGUGGUCACCAAAACUGAGCCCAUCUACAUCAUCACUGAAUUCAUGGCAAAUGGAAGCUUAUUGGACUUUUUGAAAAGUGACACAGGCUCCAAAACACAGUUACCAAAGCUAAUAGAUUUUUCAGCGCAGAUAGCAGAAGGUAUGGCCUACAUCGAGAAGAAGAAUUAUAUUCACCGAGACUUGAGAGCAGCUAACGUGUUGGUUUCAGAGAGUCUAUUGUGCAAAAUAGCUGAUUUUGGCCUGGCCCGAGUUAUUGAGGAUGACCAAUAUACAGCCAGAGAGGGAGCAAAGUUUCCCAUUAAAUGGACGGCACCUGAGGCAAUCAACUAUGGCUCUUUCACCAUUAAAUCAGAUAUGUGGUCUUUUGGAGUUCUCCUCUAUGAGAUUAUAACAUAUGGAAAAAUCCCUUAUCCAGGCAUGAGUAAUAGUGAGGUCAUGAGCUCUAUCCAGAGAGGCUACCGGAUGCCCCGCCCUGAAAGCUGCCCGCCUGAACUUUAUGACAUCAUGAACUCUUGUUGGAAGAAUAAACCGGAGGACCGUCCCACAUUUGACUAUAUUCAGAGUGUACUGGAUGACUUUUACACAGCCACUGAGGGCCAGUACCAGCAGCAACCAUGAGCCUGCACAGCCGUUUUCACCAUCUUUGUACUGUUUCAUGACGAUCAAUGAUUUAUCUGUAGAUUUAUGUAUUAAUAUGUAACUAAUUGAUUCAUUUAAUCAGUCUGCUUACUUUUAAGUAAGAAAGGUUAAUAUUUUCUACCUCUGCUUCAAAUUGAAGUUUUAAUUGCCUGUUUUGCUCUUAUCCUUUAAUAUUUCACACUUUAGUGGCUAUGUUUGCAAACAAUUUUUGCAAUGAAAAUAUAUCAUUAAAAUAUAUACAGUCAAUGUACAAACACCUUGCAGAAUCUGCAAAAUGUAAUCGAUGAAAAAUCGAUGUUUGUUUUAAAUUUAAUACUGCAUUGAAUAUGUUCUUCCAAGUAAGAUGUUUACAUACAGUCCACAACGCACAUUAAUAAUAUUAAUUAAAUAUUAAAAUUGUUUUUAUGAUUUGUCCCCUGUUUAAGAUACAAAUUCCCAGCUGUAAAUGUAGCUUUAUGUAUGCUUGUGGGCUCUCAAGACCAAAUGUGGAAUAUAAAUGUUUGACCUGAGCCAUUAAACUGCCCACUGGUCUUCAAAAAAUCCUCCAGGCUCUUUAUGUAUGUAAACUGUAACCUCUGUUAUGUAAAAACAGCUUAUUCAGGGCAGUACUAAAUAAAAAACAAACUACACUUUUUAUAAUUCAUCCAUUUAAUUAUUAACAUUUUGCCGAUUCUGCAAGCAUUUAUAACUCCAACUGUAUAUAUUAAACCAUGCAAUGCAAUAACAAGGAUUAAUCCUAUUAUUUACACACAUGUACAUAUUUUUUAGUUUAGCUUUGUUUUAAAUAACAAAGGCAAGAUGAAAUCCAUGCACUGCAAACCAAGUGUGCACGAGCACAAGACAUUCAGUUGUUUAAAAGCUUUGUUUGUAUUUUCAGGCAGUUUAAAAUACAAAAAAAUCAUACUUUACUUAAAAAUUACAGAGUUAUAUAUUUUUAAUAAAUGUAAUGUGUAAUUAA